AUGUAUUUUGGUUUGCAAGAGAGAAAUGUGUACCCCAUCGACCCAGAAAUAUACUCCAACUUGUAUACCUAUGCCCACUUGAUCGACAUCUCGUAUUGCAUAUCUGAAGUCCAUGGAAUAGAUCCGCCAUUCAAGUGUGACUUGAACUGUGAAAAACGUUUUCCCAACAUGACAUUGGUUUAUCAAUGGUACUUUCCUGAAUCUGUAACUGGGUAUAUAGCAACCACGUACGACAACAUCUUCAAUUACAAUAUUGCCAAGCCCAAGAAGACCAUAAUCAUAUCACUUAGAGGUACAAGAUCAAUUUUUGAUACCUACGCGGAUAUGAAAGUGGAUAUGAUACACUAUUCAAAUCUCGGAAUAAACUUGCCAUCGUGUGGAAGUGGAUGCAAAGUCCACAAUGGGUUCUACAAUUACUUUGCAACAGCAUUGAACAAUAUCAAUCAAUACGUGGUUGAUGAAAUUGACGAAGACGAUUACGAGUUGAUUAUUUUAGGUCAUUCUUUGGGUGGAAGUGUUGCAUUAUUAUUGGGCUUGCACUAUCUCGAUGUAGGGUACGACAAGAUGACUUUGGUCACCAUGGGACAGCCACUUACAGGCAACUUUGACUUUGUGAAUUGGGCAGAUAAAGCAUUAGGUAGUCACAAUGGUCUUAAGCAUGACAGUUUCGAUAGAAAGUUUUUACGAAUAAUUCAUAAGAAUGAUGUGAUCACUACGAUACCUAGAAGUCGAAAUCCGUUUAUUCAAUACCAACAAUUUAAGAAUCAAAUCUACUUGAAUUGCUCAACUUCAAAUGCGAGACCACAAUUGAGUCAAGUGUUUGAUUGUGUUGAUGGUGCCAAUCAAAAUUGUAUUGCAAAUGAUUUCUUUUAUUUUGCAUUCGACAGACGAGACUAUUUACAGGCUCAUAUCACAUACUUUAGAAGGAUGGGGCUUUGUGGGGUGAUGAAGUAG